UUUUGGCUUUCUGUCUUUCAAACCGGAAAUUCCAGCAGCUAAAACCACAUUCAUAUUUUUGUUUUUAAAUUCAUCUAAUUAACAAAUUAUUUAGUGUUUAUUAGUCCGUCCAAUUAAAAAACUGGCAUCCUGGAUUAUAUUAAAGGUGUUCGCAACCAGGGGAGAGAAACUCCAAUAGAAAUGGCUAAAGCCAGUGGUGAUGAAAGUGAACCCAAAGAAAAUGACAAACUUAAUAACCCAGGUAAUGGUGACAAUGGUGCUAACCUCAGAGGACCUGUUGAAGUUACUGGCAAAGAGUCUACACGGACACAGUUGAUGCUUGAAAGAUGGGACAGUGCCAAAACAUUUAUCAGUGAAAAUUUUUAUCGAGUUAUCCUGGUCCUCACCGCUCUGGUCCUUAUACUUCUCUUUGUUGUACUUACUCUAGCCAUUAUCCUUGGUACCCGGGGAACUAUAACUUUUCCUAUGAAAUGUGAAUCCGCAUCUUGUCUUAAAGCAGCAGCAGUCACAUUGAGUAAUUUAGAUCUUAAAAAUGACCAAUGUGAAAACUUUUGGUCUUACUCUUGUGGCAAUUGGAUUAAAAAUAAUAAGAUUCCACCCGAAAGAGGAAUUUACAGUGUAAAAGAUGGCAUUCGGCAUGAAACCAAUUUAAAGAUUCUAAAUUUACUUCAUACGUUGCCAGCAUCUAAUCAAAAACAUGGUUUCGAUACAAUGAGACGAUUUUAUGAGACGUGUAUGGAUCUUGACAGAGUGGAUCAUGAUUCAAAGAAAUUUGUCGAUGAUUAUCUGGUUGCUAAACUCGGUGGUUGGGCUCCUAUGCAUAGAGUUAAACUUGAUUGGCAUAAAGUUUUGGAAUACCUUCAGAUUGACUAUGGAGUUGCUCCUUUUUUCCGUAUCUCUGUUGAAACCAAUGAUUAUGAUCCAACUGCACCAACUAUUAAGAUUUCACCACCUGAAUUUGGAUUACCCAGCCGUGAACAUUAUUGGAACCCCAAAUAUGAAAAGAUUCAACAGCGGUAUAGAUCAUAUAUUCUAGAAGUAUGUAAACAAGUUGGAGUGAAUCCAGCUCAAGGCCAACGGGCAGCCGACAUGAUCUUUAACUAUGAAAGGAAACUCAUAGAGUUCGUGAGUGAUACUUGGAAUGUAUCACAAUUAUUAGAAAGGACAAAGAUUCGUGAUUUACGAGCCAUGUUACCUAACAUAAAAUGGAUCGAAUUUAUGCAGACUUACUCCGAUUUAAACGACUUACCUUUCAAAGACAAUACACAAGUGGUUAUUGUUGAUAAAAAGUACCUGAGAUCACUGGUUAAUAUUCUGUCACCUUAUGCUGAUGAUGUUAUCAAUACUUUUUUGAUUUGGAAAUUUAUCCACGAGUAUGCUCCUUACAUGAAUGAAGAUGUACGAAAUAUUCAAAUUGCGUGGAAAAAAUCUUUGAACGGAGUCGAACAAAGCUAUGAAAAGGAGGAACGUUGGGAAUUCUGCGUUGAAACCUUGAAGAAAUUUUACGGACAGGGUUUGACUUCACUACUUGUUGAUAAAAAUGAUGUUAGUCACAAAUUCCUUGCUGUUGAACAACUUCUGGAACGAGUUAGGAAUAAAAUCAAAGAAAGACUCUUUAGAUUCCCCUGGGUUACUGAUCGUGACACAAGUGAGCGACUCAGAGAUAAACUCGAUAUGCUCAAUGUUAAAUUAGGUUACCCUGAAGGCUUACCUGAUGGCGAAGGCAUGGAGAAAUAUUACCUAAGCGCAGUUGUCGACAGUUCCCUCAUAAAAUCUGUAUCAAACGCAUAUUCAUUUCAGCGUAAAAAGCUUUUCCAAACUUUACUGAAAUCUUCUACUGAUGUUUGGCCUUUCUCACCAUUUGAACCUGAAGUCCAUUAUCAAUAUGCUGGAAACAUACUCUAUGUUGGAUUUGGAAUCAUGACUAGUCCGAUAUAUGAACACGAUUUUCCCUUGGCAAUGAACUAUGGCUCUUUGUCUUUCCAUAUUGCUUCGGAAAUUUUUAAGGCCAUCAGUUUUAGAGGUGUGUUUUACGACCGAAAUGGCCAAUUCAGUGAAGGAUUCACGAUCAUUACAGAGGAAGCUAACGAAGCACUUAAUUCAAGUACUGCUUGUUUGGCAGAAAAAUUAAUGCAGCAUAAUGUUACAAUUUCAGACCAGGUGAACAUCGAUCUGAUCUUACCUCAAACAGUUAUCGACAUUGAUGCUCUUCAAAUUGCAUAUGAAGCAUACAUGCAGCUCGUUACAUUAGAGGGCCAAGAGCAUCCUUUACCUGGAUUAUCUUUGUACAACGACCAACUAUUUUAUGUUUCUUUCGCUCAGUCUUUAUGCGAAUCAGUCAGAGAUGGAUAUGCUGAUAACUAUUUCCAGAUUAUGAAAACUCUCCCAGGCAAACUACGAGUGGAAACUGUUACUCGCAACAUUCCACAAUUCCUUAAAUCUUUCAACUGUAGAUCUCAAGAAUCUAUCAAAUGUCCAAAGUAAUCAGCAUCAUUCCAUGGUUCUAUUAGCAUCUUAAUGUGUCAUUAUUUCCAUCAUUACCACCAACUUGGUCACAAUUAUCCAUUUUUUCAUCACCAUUGACAUCGCCUUUUCAUCACCACCGCUUUUACACAAAAUACUAUUUUAAUAAUUCGGACAUUUUAAACAUUCAUGCAACGCCACAGUAAACUGACAUUAAAAGUGACUUCAUAUCGAGCUCAAGACUAAUAUUCAUAUUUCUACCACCUUGCACCCGUCCAUCUACGUAAUUCCAUGUGCUGCUAAUGUCCAUUUACGACUCAUUUAAAAAAUGUUUUAAAUGGAUAACUUCAAUUGCCUUACAAUAAUAUGAACCACGUAGGAUAAACGUGAAAAGUUUUAAGUUUACUACACCAUUCUAUCCAUCGUUUUAACGAUUUGAUGCCGAUUUUAAAUCUUCAAAUUGACAGAAUUUUUCUUUCUGUUUCUAUUUGUGUUCUUAUGAACUUUAUUUGCAAAUUUGAACAAUUUAUCUUUUGUUGAAACUAUUGCAAUUUGUAUAAAACUGAUUCAGAGCGAAUCAUGUCCAUCUCACAAUUAGAAAAGCUACUUCACUGGUUGUAUUUUAAUGAAUCAACUAAAAUAAUGUAAUUUUCAUUACAUUUAAUUGAAUAGCAACGUGCGCAAUCAUGACAUUCAUUCGCAAAUCCAACCAUCGAGACAAAAUAAGAUUUUUGCCUUAUCAUUUUCACUUCAAAAUGGGCCUGAUCAUGACUCACAUUAUUUUAUAUUUUUGUAUAAAACAACGAUUCAUCCGUAACUAAGAUCAAUCAAGUACUGCCUUAAAUGUGAAGCUAAUAAAUGCAGCAUAAAUUCACGAGAUUGUUUUCUGGCAAAUUUUCCUCACCUCAAUGUGUUUUGAAGCAAUUUUGAUUCCAUGUGAAAUGGAAAGAGCUCUAAGGAUGAACCACUAAUUUCCCGCUCAAAUCCAACAAUUUAUCGUUUUUUUCGAUUCAAGAAAAUGUCUCACCUCGAGUGUGUCAUUUUUUGUAUUUAUAGUAAAUAUUUAAUCAUUAGCUUAUCACCCGAAUUUUUUCACUUAAUCAAAGUUGCAACUUUCUAAACUGAUUAUUUUUGUGAAUUUUUAAUGAAUAUCUAAAUAAAUUUGCCUUUCGCUGUCAAA